GUCACAGGACUGCAUGUAAAAAUGUAGCUUAAAUUUAGAUUAUUAUUUUAAUGAAUAAUUUAAAUGCAUAUAGAAAUUAGAAUGUAUGUAUUAUAAUUUAAUUUGAAAUUAAUAUAAUAAAAAAUAUUAAGUGUAAAUAAGAACAUAGAAAAUGUGGGUGUUCGGAUAUGGCUCUUUAGUAUGGAAAGUAGAUUUUAAGUAUGAAUAUAAAUCUGUUGGAUAUAUUAAAGGGUACCUUAGAAGAUUCUAUCAACAUAGUAUCGAUCACAGAGGAGUUCCUGAAAAGCCAGGCAGAGUAGUUACCUUGAUUCCUAGCGAUGACCCUAACAGUAAAGUAUGGGGCGUUGCUUAUAAAAUAAGAAGUGAGGAUGUUGACGAAGUAACAAAGCAUUUAGAUUAUAGAGAAAAAAAUGGUUAUUCCAAGAAAAUAGUAACAUUCCAUCCAAGAGACAGCAAACUAGAACCUUUUGAAUUGACGCUGUAUGUAGCGACACAGGAAAAUGAAUCUUAUGCAGGUGCGGCAUCAAUAGAAGAUAUAGCCAAACAGGUAGUUGUUUGUCGAGGUCCCAGUGGUUUAAAUAAAGACUAUGUGUACCAACUAGCAGAUGCAAUGAGGCAGAUUGCACCAGAAGUGGACGACGAUCAUCUCUUCUCCCUUGAGGCUGCUGUGAAGGAACUUGAUACUGAUAAAUAGACAAUUAUUGUAAUUA